GCGGGGGAAGCAAAAUGGCGGCGGCGCGGCAGCUUUUAGCGUCUUGCGGCCCUUGGGUGCUCUUGGUUGCGGCGGCGCUGCUAAUCCCAGCUGAGGCUCUGGGGACCUUGAACCUGCACGAGCUCAACGAGCUGAAAUAUGGGAUCGAGAUCGGUGCGGAGCCUGUCGUGGCUGGGCAGAGUAAAGCUUCUGAUGUGGUGACCAUCUCCUCCAAAUACAAGCAGAAAUACGAGUGCCGGCUACCAGCUGCCGCAGUGAAGAUCCAUCAGGAAAAAGACGAGGUUCCGCAGAGCUACACUGGACUGGGGGUCUCGGAGCUGCUGAAACCCAUGGAAGCAGCUCCUUGCCUUAUCAAGACUAAGGACUGGUGGACAUACAAGUUCUGCUAUGGGAAGCACAUCCAGCAAUACCAUAUGGAAGAGUCUGAAAUCAAAGGUGACGUCCUGUACCUGGGGUAUUACCAGUCUGCCUUUGACUGGGACAAUGAAACAGCAAAGGCUUCCAAGCAGCACAAGCUGAAGCGAUACCACAGCCAGACCUACGUCAACGGAUCCAAGUGUAACCUGAACGGAAAGCCCAGGGAGGCUGAAGUCAGGUUCCUGUGCGAGGAAGGCUCGAGCGACUACAUUGCCCGUGUGGACGAGCCCCAGUCCUGCUCCUACGUGCUGACCAUCCACACCACCCGCGUCUGCAACCACCCCUUCCUGCGACCGCCGUCAACCGCCACCCCCCAGACCAUCCGCUGUCAUCCGGCCCUGAGCCCGGCAGAGUACGUGGAAUACGUCAAGGCUCAAGUGUCUGACACCAAGCGCAAAGUGGAGGAGAUUUCUGAGGAGCUGAAGACUCUGGACACCCGGCUGUGGAAUGAGCGGGAUGCCAAUUCUGCUGCUCCAGAUUCAGAAGGAAAUGUGACUCCAGCUCCUCCUCCCGAGAGUGACUCAAGCAACGAUGCCGACUUCUGGGACAGCGUGCUGCACGGAGAAGGGAAAGCAGCCCAGACGCCAGACGAAGCAAAGGAGGAAGAGCCCAUCAUGAAGACAGCAGACAAUCACCUAGCAGAUUUCAAGAAAAAAAUCCAUUUCAAAGUUAUCCGGAACCCAGGGGACCUGGUCCAGUUCAUUCACGAGCUGAAAGACAGUGCCAGGAAGAGCAAAGAGAAAGCCAGCUCCUCAGAGACAGCAGCACAAGAAGCCCCACCAAAAAGCGAACAGGUGGCAGAGCAAGAACAUUCUGAGGAAGGAGGAGGACAAGAGGAGGAGGAAGAGGAAGACCUGCUGGGGAAGUUUGAAAAAGAGCUGGAGGACAUCUUUCUGCCCAAAUCAGAGAUGGCCAAGCUUAAGGAAGAGGUGAAAUCAGAGAUGGAGAAAGAGUUUGACAACAUCAUCGACGAGGUGGAGGAUGAGCUGGAAACGGAAGGCCUGAAGGGCGAAUUUGAUCGAAAACAUGAUGACUCAGACGGGCGUGUGAAAGUCAGGGUCACGAAAGUACGGCCAGGGAGCGCUCAGCAGAAGGAGCUGCGAGUUCGAGAGAUGAGCAGGGACAACCCUCAGCUGCGCCAUGUAGAGAGUGUCGUUAAGGACCUGUUGGAAAAGGAGGGCCUGAAGGCAGAAGGUAAAAUUGAAAUCAAGAUAGUGACGACUGGUGGCCUUGGUGACGAUGACGACACCCACUGGCUGUCAGAAGAGGACACAAAGAACCUCAAGGACAUUUUCCUCAACAUUUUGAUCCAGGGCACGCAAAGGGAGGCGCACAGAGAGCAGCAGCGCCAGCGCCAGCUGGAAGACAACUACCGUUUCGUCUGGGGGAACAGCCAGGAAGAGCUGCAGGCGACCGGUGGUGCCGAUUCAGACGAUGUGGACUUCUGAAAGACCUUGACCUUCAGAACUGGGGCAACCGUGGCUACCCUGUUGCAGGAUAUGGCUGGCGCCUUUCCUUUCCUCGGAGGACUGGUGUGCCCGUGCGGAGGCAGAGUCUCACCUGAAUCCAUACAACUAGGGGGGGGGAAGGGGUGAGGGAGUGGGCCAUCUUCCUGGACGGGCUCUUGUCACUCUCAGCUGCUCUUCCUGUCUCGUCCUAAUGGCUUUCCGUCGGCUCAUAACGGCAGCCUUUCCCUCUGGACAGAAACUGUUUGAGUCCCUUCCCCUGCCAAGCAAAGCCCCGGCCUCCUGAAGGCUGACUCUGCUUGACGUCAGGAAUGCACAAACCAGGCUGGCCACCUGACGGGGCAUUUUGAGUGGCGCUCCCCUCCCCCCUUUCCAGAAAAGCAUCUUGGCCAUACCACACAAAAGGAGCAUGCUGUGGAAAGGCCCUGCAGGUGAACCUCAAGUCCAGGGGAAAAGCUGGCACUGGUAUCCCACCCUUUCCCCCAAAUCUCUCAUGUGCUUGGAGGAAACUUCACCUGCCAGGCUUGUGUGACGACAAUGUCACUUGCGUGCCUUGAAUUGUCACAGCUGCAGGCAGUGGUGAGGAAUGGGGGGAAGGAGCCGGUACUUCCCCUCCCUCCCUUCCUCUGUGCUUUUCUGGCAUCUCCUCCUCUUUUGAACAAAGCAUAAUUCUGCUCCUGCCCAUAGUUUACUUCUAGGCUGCCUUUGCACCAUGGUGCAACUUUGGACUUAAAUGAGCCCGGCAGAAAAAAAAUACAGUUCAAAGGGGACAGGGGCAGAGGGAAGGUGAUUGACGCCUCUUGAGGGCGGUGUCCUCCAGCUGUUUUUCCAGUCAUACUUGGGCCCUAGACAUAGGAGCGUAUGGACUGCGUUAAAACGAAAAAAAUGCAACUUUGCCUGUAGAUCGCGUGGCAAAGCCACAUGUAGAAAGCUAGCUGUUUUUUUUACUUCUGUGAAGUCUCAGAACUGCAAGCGGGGCUGAGGUCUCUUGCAGAGAGACAACGAUUAUGACAAUCUACUUCAAAUGCUGAAUAAUCAGGGCUACUUAACGGGUGACUGGAGGUGGAGAAUUCUGCCCAGAGAAGAGGUGGGGCAGGAACGAUGCGGCCCUCCCACCUCCUUGACAUACAUGGGAUGAUUCGGUGUUCAUUCUUUUUUUUUUUCCCCUGUCAAUAAAUCCAGCUCAACCCAGUCUGGAUUUCUGAGUCUGCUGUUUGUUGGGUGUUACGUGUGACCUAGGAGUAUUCCCAGCACUGGAAUAGGUAGUGUGGUACCUCUUUUCUUUAAUAAACCAGUAUGUCUCCAUGUACAAGUAUGCCAUCGGGCUGGGCAGUCACUUGAAGAUUCCACUAGCUGUCUGGUUUAUGAACAGGUUUAAUUCAUUGGUUAAAUAAAAUGUUAUACCUUGCAGAACUUCUGUGAAGGUGCCCUAUUGUAGGACCUUGAUGGGGGGGGGGGUUGACUCAUUUCCUGUAUAAGUCCAAAUGAAGUGCCAGAUGUCCCCAGUUUAAAAAUUGUAUCAGGGAAUGGAUAGAGGAGCAUUAGAUGGGAAAGACCACGAAAGGAAAAAUACUUCUUGGGAGUGAGGGGGUAGUUGGAUGGAACAAUAUUAUUUUCUCUAAGGAAAACUGGAAAAGCUAGAAAUGUGGAGAAACAAGAGAGGAAAAACCUGUGACUCGUUUUCAGAAUAAAUAAAAUUAUGCCGUU